AAGAAGGGCUUUUGGUAGUUUUAUCAAUCUCUUAUCCUUUAAGCAUUACUUGGUAAUGUUGUACCACGCAGUCAUAGCAUUUACUUUUGGAGUCGCUGCUGCAAGUUUUGACUACAGCGGCCGGGCUACGUUGGAGGAUGUAACCAAGUUUUUUAACACCCAGGAAGUAAUUGUUCUCUACAUGCGAAGCUAUUCACGUAAAAUUGGGGACUAUGAUCCCAUGUGUAUCUCCAAUACGGUAAAGAAGCUGGAAGGCAGCUUGAUACGUUUGUACCAACGCUACGACUAUGGCACACCAAGCUGGCAUAAAUGCAUUUCUUAUGGCAUAUAUUACAAUAUUUCAAAGGAUCCCGGAAUGGACGUAGCUCCUGUGAUGCAGGCACAGAAAACUAACGAACUUGACUGCAGUCGGGCUGCCCCUCUUGAGAACUCAAAAGGACUGGAUACUUUAGGCUUUGAAGGAGACUUCCCACAUGGUCGAAAAUAUAUUUUCCAAUACUAUGAUGAAAGGGAGAAGUGCGCCGUCAUUACCUUCUCGGACAAACGAUGUAGCAUAAAAUGUGAGCUCCACGUCUGGUACCAGUAUUUUCUCAAGGACAAAUCCAACUGCAUCAGAGAAUACAAGUACUUGUGUGGGAAGCGCCAUGAAUACAAAUUGUAUGACAAGACCUUUUGCGGCUGGGGAUUGCCCAACAUAUGACAUAUAUAACCAUUAGCUGUGUUGCUGGAAAUAAAACAUUUCUC